UGACUUUUUCCUGGUGCCAUGGAUGAUUUUUUUAAAGGGCAUCCCUGUGCCAGCAGGAGAGUAGAAGCCUUUGCAGCUGGCUAAAUUUGGCAGCCUUUGCAACCGAGCGGCAUUCGGUACCCACUCUGGUUUGUUUUCCCUCCACUUCCAGGUGCCUCUGGAAGCCAUGCCCUGGUGCGCGGCUUUGCUUUUCGUGGCAGCCGGGUGGGCAGUGGGCGCCCCUGCUAUGAGGUGCAAUAAAGCACUUUGUGCCAGUGACGUCAGUAAGUGUUUGCUACAGGAAAUGUGCCAGUGCAAAGCCAACCGUACCCGUUGCUGUGGGGAAUGCGCUUUCUGCCUGGCCAAGCUCUGGGAGCCCUGCUGCGACUGUGUAGGCCUGUGCGAUGGCCGCAUCUCGUCCGCUCCCCGCCCUGCCCAGCGAAGUUCCAUGCACAACUUGGUGUCCCCGGUGCCCUCCCUUUUCCGGGCACUCCUGGCCCUCUCCAACAACCACCCUGCCCUGGGCUGGAGCAUCGUUACUCUGCCACUAGAAGAGGAACUGCGGCAAAACCACGUGGAGACCGGACAUCUUCUGCUGGGACCACAUACAGACUUGGCACUCCCAGACACCGACGCCGCCACCAAGGUCCCCAAUGCUACAGUGCCAGCUUGCCAAUCCAUAUACUUCAAUGACUGUCUGUCCAUGAGCCGGUGCCGCACAGCCUGCCAGUCGGUGGGAGCCUGGCGCUACCGCUGGUUCCACAGCGCCUGUUGCCAAUGUCUGGGGCCUGACUGCCAGGGCUACGGAGGUGCCCAUGCCAAUUGCUCCAACUGCCGGGACUGAGCAGCUGGCUUCUCGCUCCCUGGCAUGGGGCACCCCACCCACCUUCAUUUUUCUACACAGCUGCCUGCAAACUGCACGCAGGCUUUCUUGCUUCCUACUCUGGUGGUCUUUCCCUGCCAAGCCCAGCCAUUUUCAGCAGAGAGCAUGAGUUAAUGGACCCUUUGGUGGCACAGAUGAGCCCAACCCAGCCCUUUGCUCUGCAGCUGGAGCUCCCUCUGUCCGGGGCACCUCGCCUUGGACAUUUUUCCUUCCUACCCCUCCACCACCUGCCCAGUUUUGCUGAAAUCGGCUUCGAUCUCCUGCUUCAUAGCCUUGUGCACAAAUUCUCAGAUCCCCCCUUUUAAUGAUGAAUAUCUCUUUGUAGCACUUGGUAGUAAUAAAGAAAAAUGUGGGGAACACAGGCUUGUCUGAAAGUAUUGGAGGCACAAAUUUUAGGCCAGAUGCUAUACACGGUCUGUCACGAAGAUCAAGGAUCUGCCAUAUG